AUGCAGCCUCCACAGAAAACCCAAAGCCUCAGACCCUUCAAGCAGAGGAAGAGUUUAGCAACCAGAAGAGAGGAAGUCGCUAGAAUCCAGGCGAAGUUCCCCAGCAAGAUCCUGACUCUUAACAGAGUAGUAUUGGAGCACUACCCCAGGGAGAGGUUCCUGCCCCCGCUGGACAAGACUCGGUUCCUGGUCCUGCAGGCACUGACCAUGACCCUCUUCCUCAGUGUCAUCAGGAGCCGCCUGGUCCUGGGGGCCUCUGAAGCCUUUUACUUGCCGGUGAACAAUAAGAGCCUGGUCAGCAUCAGUGUGACCAUGGCAGAGGUCUACAGGGACUACCAAGAUGAGGACGGCCUCGUGUACGUGACCUACGCCUCCCAGGAGAUGUUCGACUGCCUGGGCUCCGGGAAGACCCUGCCGUCCUCUGCAGAGCAUGUCUAG